GGAAAACAACUCAUCAGUUCCGGCUGAAUAGUUCAGAGGUAGAAUUCUUGCUUUGGGUCUAAUAGCUUGAAUGUAAGAGGUCCUGGGUUCAAUUCCCAGUUCAGCCCUUCUUUUUGUCUUUUUGCAUAUCGCGCUGUCCUUUCUUUAUGGUCGCGGUGAUAUCUUUUUUGCUUCUGUCGACCAUUUUUUGGUCUUUUGGACAGUUCGUUUGAGCUGCGGCAGAGUCCAGGCUAAACUGUGCGUCACGUGAAUUCCAUGGGCCCCACUAUAUCAUUGACUGCUUAUGAACGCCAGAAGUUCGCGCUUGUUAGGCUCCCAUCUGACUAACAUCGUACAAGAUAUUUACAAUACUGAAUGACCAAGGGUCGUGCACAUGUGACAUUCUUCACACAUCGUGCAUGGAAUAGAAACAACAGUCUCGUGUCUUUCGGUUUGGGUUGAGGAGUGUAGGCCCGGUCGUGGCGACCCAGAUGUACAAGUCAACAUAAGCCAUGAUUGACGCGAGGAACCACAGGGGGUUACAAAUCAAAUGCCGCCGAAAAAGAGUCUGCUAGCACGCAGCGCAACCCGACCUACGCGUCGUUCGGCGCGUCGGCGGGAACGUCUUGACGAUGGCAUUCCAAGCGUGUAUGAUGAGAUGCUGGCGGAAGUGGUCGCGGAGGAACAAGACCCGUCUUCGAACUUGAGGUCCCCCAAGCGACGAAAGGUCAGCGAGGAGCCUUCCUCCAAAAUCGAACUAGACUUUGAUCUCUUCGGGACUUCCGAGGUUGCAACAGAAGAGGAGCAGCCAGAUAAAGCCUCUUUAGAGGACACUGCGCCGAAACUGCCACAGAUAGUCUUUGACGAUUUCGAAGGAUCGGACGACUCCGAUGUCGAAUUUGAAGAUGUGAACCUGGACGAAGCAGCGGAAGGAGAAGAAGCAGAUGAUGACCACGCAGGUGCAAGUGCGGAGCAGAAGUCGCUUGAGCUGGACCUCUCCAAAACAACUCCCGAGCCUUCAAGGCGUGCAGGUUCGCGUCGCAAGCCAGUAGGACCUGCUGAGCGAAAGAUCCGCCUGGAAGUGCACAAGGCGCAUCUGGUCUGUCUUCUGGCGCAUCUGAGCGCUCGCAAUCGCUGGUGUGAGAGUGAUGAAAUCCAGGCCAUAUUGAAGCCGCUGGUAUCUCGCAAGGUGAUAUCCUUACUUCACGUGGACGAGUCGAAGCCCCAGUAUCAAAGAUCAUAUUCUUUCAUGAAAGGGAUUGAAGAGAUCUGUGCUAUUUGGAGACAAUUAUGGACCAUCACGGCUCGGGGUAUGCAGCGAGCUCACUGGAAAGAAGAUGCAGAUGCUGUUACGGCGAGCGACGACGCCGAAGAUCUCAUUGACUUUGAGGAUUUCAAGGUGGCUGCCAGAUCUCGGUCCGGAUCAAGAGAUCUGGGUGCUCAGCUAUUCUGUGCUCUCCUUCGAUCUGUCGCUGUAGACACGAGACUUGUGUGUUCUCUCCAGGUCCUACCGUUUUCAGGCGUGGCCAAAGGUCAGACACCCGAAAAGCCAAAGCCGCAAUAUUACCAUGCUCCGCCUCAAAAUUAUACACAAAACGCGACGAUCACCCGUCCCGAGCGCAAGACGCCAAAGAAGAAGCGGAUCGUCGAAUCGCCCUACCCGAUUUUCUGGGUCGAGGUAUAUUCUCCGUCCACAGCGACUUGGAUACCCUUGGAUCCAAUAGUCCGCAACACCAUCAACAAACCAAAAACGGGGUUCGAGCCACCUGCAUCGGAUCGACUAAACAGUAUGUCGUACGUGAUUGCUUUUGAAGACGACGGUUCCGCCAGAGAUGUCACACGACGCUAUGUUCAAUGGUAUAAUGCAAAGACGCGCAAACAGCGUGUUGAAAGCACCAAAGGCGGCGAACAGUGGUGGGCUCGAGUCAUGGACCAUUUGCGGAAACCGUUUGCGGAAUCGAGAGACGAAAUCGAAGACGCAAGUCUCCUCCAGCGCGCCGAGAGCGAGCCUAUGCCCAGGAACGUGCAGGAUUUUAAGGGACAUCCUGUAUAUGUUCUAGAGCGGCACUUGAGGAUGAACGAGGUCAUCCAUCCAAAACAUGAAGUGGGCAAGGUGAGCACGGGAUCGGGGAAAAACGCAAAGCUGGAAAGUGUCUAUCGAAGACGUGAUGUCCAUGUUUGUCGAACCGCAGAUGCAUGGUACCGACGCGGCCGAGAUGUUGUUGUGGGCGAACAGCCUCUGAAACGAGUCAUGCCGAAGAGGGGGCGGCUAACAGGAGAGAUGGACGACGAUAACGAUGAAGAAGCUACCGAAGGAAUGGCUCUCUAUGCUGAGUACCAGACACGUCUGUACGAACCACCGCCCGUGGUUGAUGGCAAAAUCCCCAAGAACGCUUAUGGCAAUUUGGACGUGUAUGUGCCGUCGAUGAUCCCUGCCGGGGCUGUCCAUGUUCGACAUCCUCUUGCCGCCGAGGCUGCUCGUGUUCUGGGGAUCGACUAUGCCGAUGCAGUGACUGGGUUUGUGUUCAAGGGUCGUCAGGGCACUGCAGUGGUGGACGGCGUGGUUGUGCCUAUGACGAUGUGUAAUGCGAUGAUCAAUGUCAUUGAGGGACUGGAAUCCCAGGCUACAGAAGAAUCCGAACAGGCACGAAGCAAGGUCAUUCAAGGACUCUGGAAGAGGUGGCUUACUGCCUUGAGGGUGCGUGAGCGGGUGCAUCGGGAGUACGGUGACAGCAGAGAAGAUGAAGAAGGCGGCUCUAGGGUGGUUCAGAACGACGACGACGACGACGACGACGACUCGACUUAUGAAGAUGACGGAUUUGAAGAACCCGGUGGUGGGUUCAUGCUGGAACAAGAGGAAACUCCGCAAGGCCAUGUCAAUCAGACGACAGAUUGGGACGAUGCACUGCCGAAGUUGAACCUGAAGCCUACAGAUCAGCUACUACCGCCGGAAGUGGUGCGUCAACCCGUUGUCAUUGUCAGGUCUCCACAUAAGCUGCCCGCGCCAGCGAAUCCGGACCACGUCGAACGAGGACGUACCGAAGCAGCGGACGGAGACCAGGGAGGUGGAUUCAUCCACGAAGAAAGCGAGCACGAAACAGUCAACCAGGAAGGAGGUUUUAUCCACGAAGACGAUGAUGCCGAGAUGGCAAAUCAAGGCGGAGGCUUCAUCCAAGAAGACAACGACGACGCUGGCGGCGGUGGCGGGUUCUUUCCCGAGGACGAAAUGGAAGUCGACGACAAUGUGAGCGCCGGCGUCAAUGUUGAAUCCAGAACCCAGCCACAACAGGCACAAUCUGAUCACGACAACCAGUCCAACCAAGGCCAGGACAAUGGUGAUGCACAUGAGUCUCCGGAUAAAGACAUGGCAUCUGUAUCUGCAUCUGCAGACCAGCCUGUAAGUCGGCACCAGCAACAUACAUCAGCAGACGAUGCAUCACCAGGAGAAAGUCCGGCAGGAAGCCCAGCCGCGAAGUCAACACCAAGCCUACGCUCUGAAACAUCUUUACUUUCCCACGAUCCAGACGAAGAAGACGCCGAGCCAGAAUGGUUACUUAAUAGUCUUGGUGAGAUGGAAUAAUAGUUGAAUCCUCGUAUCCCAGUAUAUACAUACCAAUUCGCAAAGCCCGUAAACGUACCGCUGCACUCUGUACUCUGCCAGUUUGUCUGUCAUUGUCAUUGCAUUUGCAUUUGCACACCAGUACAAGAGAAACUAGAACCAUAACUAAAUCAGGACUAGAACUACAGUAUGAGCAAGCACCUUAUCUCAUCCAAUGUGGUUUCAGUACAAUUGAUUGUUGUUGUUGCUUGAAGAUCCCCAGAGCGAGUGGUUGGUGACCUGAAAAAGUUGGUGGAUUGAUUAUUUUAAUUAAUUGUACAUAGACACCCCAACCACAACGUACAACCACCACAAAUCAUCACACCACAAGUAAACAGUACCUACUGUCUAUCGUCUCCGACUACAGAACACAAGCACCUUCUUUGGCUCUGACAGAUGAGUUUCUGACAAACAUAGCACAUCGUUUCGAUUCAAGUACUUGGCCGAACCUAUCUACGAAAGAAGAACAAGAAAAAAAAACAUCACAAGAGAUGAAAGACGGCUGAACCAGGUCAUGCCCGAAAUGACAUUCAUGCUAAUGUACUAAGAACAGUACAGUACGCUACUACGCUAUGACAUAAGCUGCAAGGAAGUGAAAGGCCAAAAAAUACAACUCGGUUGCCAAACGGGCAAUGAACGCUAUCCAUAACCAGAGGAAAAGGAGAACCAAAAGAGACCAGAACCAAGGAGGCCCAGACAGGGGAACCCAAAUCAACAACUCAACAUACGUCGGCAAACCAAGACCACCACUACUGCGCAAGACCCAGCAGUCCAGGUUCAGCCAAGAAGAAAAGAAAGAUACUUUCCAACAGAGACAGCAGGGUCGCGUCUUGCAACAGCAACCGGUGCACGGUCGCCAACGAAAGCAGAGUUGCCGAUAGUCAACAGUCCAUAGCAACAACAAUAGCUCAACAGGAUCAACCAUCGUUGUCGUUCUCUUCUUCAACUUUGAUCGUACUCUGUUUCGUCGACCCAUCAUCAACGCGGCUCAACAUGGCCGCCAUGCGCUGAUGCUCUUCGAGAAAGUCCUCGCUAAGAUCGUCCAGUUGUUUGAUCUGCUCUUGGAUGCCGGCCAGUUGGCCCACGACAUUGCGUUUAUUAUUACUCGAGUUCGAGUUCGAGUUCGUGUUGGUGUUUGGCGAUGGAUUUUCCGUUGCGGUCGUAUCGACAUCUUCAUGAGAAACAGAAGCAUCACCGGCCACCUCUGCAUCAGCCGAAGCACUGUCCUUGGCUUUCUCCGGUUCCGGCUCAGCAGUGGCCCAUUUGCUAGCUUCAAGACCCAACUUUUGACCUCCUAUGCCAGGUGACAACGGAUUGAUCGAUUUCCGCUUGGGACUCCGGCUCUUUCGUCGUGAGCAUGUGCCUGAGCCUGAGCCUUUCGGACUCGGCAGGGCAAUCGCCUCGGCAUGCUUUUGGUUCUGUCUCAGUUGCUCUGCUUCUUGCCGAGCCUCGUCUGCCAGACUUCGUUGCGUCUCCACCUCAAGCAUAGCACCGUCCAGUUCGGAUUGCAGCGAAGAAAUAGUCUUCUUCGCAUCCUCGAGGCUGGCAGUGAUGGACUCGAACCUUGAGCUAUCAGACACUUGACUAUUCUCGGCCG